AGGAUGAACAAUGUCACUGAAUUCAUCCUCCUUGGUUUGACCCAGAAUCCAGAUCUGCAAAAACUCUUGCUGCCUGUACUUUUUCUUGUCUACCUGUUGACACUGACAAGUAACCUGCUCAUUUCAGUCACUGUCUUCAUCAGUCCAUCCCUGAGUUCGCCCAUGUACAUUUUUCUCUCCUACUUGUCCAUCAUAGACGCUUUCUACACUUCAACUAUGAUACCCAAAAUGAUCUUCGACUUGAUCAGCAAAAGGAACACCAUGUCAUUCAAUGGAUGCAUGACACAGCUCUUUACAGAGCAUUUCUUUGGAGGAAUUGAGAUUACCUUGCUUGUUAUCAUGGCCUUUGACCGUUAUGUAGCCAUCUGUAAGCCCUUGCACUACAUGACCAUUAUGAGGAGGAAUGUGUGUGCUCUUCUAAUGGGACUGACUGUGGUUUCAGGGUUUCUUCAUGGAGGAAUCCAAGUUUUGUUCACAGUUAAGCUACCAUUCUGUGGUCCCAAUGUCAUUGACCACUUUACAUGUGACUUAGUACCUCUUCUGACUCUAGCCUGUACAGAUAUGCACAUAUUAGGACCCUUGAUAGCUGCCAACAGUGGGUCAAUGUGUUUACUUAUUUUUCCCAUGUUGAUUUCUUCCUAUAUUAUCAUCCUGUACUCCCUGAGGAAUCAUAGCACUGCUGGGCGUCAGAAAGCCCUUUCUACCUGUGCAUCUCAAAUCAUCGUGGUCAUCUGUUUCUUUUUGCCUUGUAUAUAUUUGUAUGUAAGACCCACAGCCAUCUACACCAGUGACAAAGCUGUGAGUGUGUUUUAUACCUUAGUAUACCCUAUGUUGAAUCCUCUAAUCUACACCCUCAGAAAUGCAGAGGUAAAAAACGCUAUGAAGAAGCUGUGGGGACAAUUACAAAGUAAUAUUUAG